UCAAGAGAUCAAGAAAAGCCAACCAUGACUUAGAGCUAUACACCUGGUAGUACGAAUGCCAGCAGGGCUGUGUUGUAGUAGUCGUCAUUUCCGGCUAUGCCACGAUACCAUGAGCUGGGAAGUUCGGCUUGUAUGUUUCAUGAAUGUGUGAGUACUUGCAGCUUCAAUGACGUUGAUGCCAUGGUUUUGAGGCUGGAAGUAACACCUCAGGUGGCGUUUCCAAGUGAUGCACCGGAAAUAGCUCUACGGGCUAUGUCGCACAGGUCUAUCGUGAGAGCGUGCAACUCCAGACGAGCAGAGUCUGGGACCAAGAUAUAAGGAUGUCGUAGGUCCAUAUGAUGAUGGUAUCCAAUCACGCAAAUCAAUUGACGCACGCUCGCUCUACAUUACCACACUCUCACGCUCGCUUUUCGAUUUCGACAUCAUUCGAUCAACGUCCUGCCUCAUUAGCAUUAUUCGUGAUUGUCUACUCAGCUUUACUCUCUUCGUGUCAAACAUGCUCGCCAGCGUGUCAGCAAGCAAGGAGCCAUGUGCCCACAUUGCUCCUGCCGCGACGACAACACUUGAGCCACACCUCACACGACUCCUUUCGUUAAACACAUUCGACUUGCCGCAACAGCAAGCAGAAGACCUCGCGCACUCGGCGUCGGCGGUGCUACCCACUCCAACGUCAGAUAUUCUAGGCGGACACCCACUGAGGAUUCUGGUGGCACCGUCAGGGUUUAAAGAAAGUCUAGGCCCAGAACACGUGGCUGAUGCGAUCGAGGCAGGCAUCCGAAAGGUGCUCGAUCGCAGUUCCGUUAUCCUGCGCAAAAUUCCUCUGCAUGACGGUGGAGAGGGCUUUGCUCGUGCAUUGGUAGCGGCCCAUGGCGGAUCUAUCGUCGACGUGCCAGUCACCGGCCCUACUGGAUCGGCGGUAGAAUCGCACCUUGGCUUUAUUGGCAAGGACAAGAAGACGGCUGUACUGGAUAUGGCGGCAGCGGCAGGGCUCCGUUUGGUCCCAAAAGACGAACGCGACCCAACGAUUACCACUACGUAUGGGGUGGGACAGCUUAUCAAGAGAGCGCUCGAUGCAGGGUCCACAAAGAUCAUCAUUGGAUGUGGAGAUUCGGGAACCUCAGACGGAGGAGCGGGGAUGCUCCAGGCGCUCGGUGUCCGUUUACUUGAUGAAGAUGGCGAAGAGUUACCCAAGGCUGGCGGUGGUCGAUCAUUAGCACGUCUAGCCAGCAUCUGCUGGGCUGAUGUGCAUCCUCGACUACAAAAGAAUGCUGGUAAGCCACCCGCGUCUCACCUCCAUACCAGUUCUAACGUUAAUCCAGCCGAGAAGGUCCAGAUAGAGGCCGUAUGCAACAUCAAGAAUGUACUCUGCGGGUCCAAAGGAGUCGCGCGAGUGUAUGGGCCGCAGAAGGGAGCUACGCCUGCUCAAGUCGAUAUGCUUGCAUCAUCGCUUGAACGGCUGGCGCAGGUUGCUCAUUCGACGCUUGGAGAGGACAUCUCUCAGACCCCAGGCAGCGGUGCCAGUGGAGGUCUCGGAGCAGGUUUGAUGUUGCUCGGCGCUACAUUGCGUGCCCGCGCCGAAGCCAUCAACGAGUACUUUGAAUUUGACCGGGUUUUCGAGAAUCAGUGGGAUUUCGUCAUUACGGCGGAGGGCGCUCUGGAUUUCCAGUCGCCAAAUGGGAAGAUGACGACAGAGAUUGCUCGUCGCGCAAGGCGGAACGGGGCGCAGGUGGUUGCGCUAGCCGGUACCAUCGGGGAAGGAGCAGACGGCUGCUACGGCGCAGGCAUCAAAGCCUUCACGAGCAUUCUGAGGGGGCCAGUAACCCUAGAACAGGCAAUCGUUCAGACUGAGGUAUUGGUCAAGGACGGCGCCGAGAAAGUGAUGCGCAUGAUCAUGGUAGGGUUGGCUCUUGGACGGCACCGCUGAAGGGGUGCACCGCCCUGAACAAGAGAUUUGGGGCCUUGGUACGGCCGCGAUGGCGCUGCCACCGGCAUUAGGACUCACAGAUAGUUUUCUGGAUGUUUUUAGCAAGCAAUAACGAAGUAAUGAUG